AUGCCGCCACACUACGAAGUCAGUAGACAAUCUCGACAAGAGAGUCGAUCGAGCUCCUCACACGAACGAGGCAGCUCAGCCCCGCCGCCAUGGAACGACAGUCCCUGGGAUGCCGAACCAGAUGCUCUAGGAAGCUCAGCGCUGCCCCGUCAACGACCGCGGGCCCAGAACGCACCCGACUACUGGAAAGCGUUGCCUGAAGUACCCUCACGUUUCCGACUGGGCGAGGAUGAGAUGCCAUGGUCAGCGUCAUCGUGGCCAGGCGAGUUCGGCAUGCCCGACGAGUCCGAGGUCAACGACUACUCUUCCGAGUUGUCCAUGAAGUUCCGCGACGUCUCUCUCACCAACGCCACACCGGUGCCCCGCGAGAGGGGGGACGACGGGCGGAGACAGGAGCUGGAGGCGCUCUCCGCGGCAAUGGUCACCGUCGACAACGGCUUCGAGAACCAGUGGUGGUACCAGGGCGAGCGACAGCAGAUUAAUGCACCGGGGGUGGUGGCUGGUGACUUACACACGACGGCGGCGACCACCGCGGCGGCGGCGCUAGCGAGCACGACGGCGACCGCCGAGGCAGUGGUGGUGCCUACUCCUCAGACCCCUGUGUACCACUACCACCAGCAGCAGCUUGGGGGCUAUGACACGAGGGAGUCGAUGGGGUGGGUGACUGCCCAGGGCGGGGAUUCUCACGCGAGCAUGAUGAGUGCUACGAUUUACAACCCGAGUGUCUUGGUGUCACCCAUGUCGGAGUACGCGAGCCCCCGCCUUCACCGGUCGAUGACUACGAGGUCCGAGGAGCUCUUCUUUCACAGCUAA